CAACCCAAGUUAAAAAGAAGGUGGAAGAAGUUGAGGUGUCUAUGGUUAUCCUAUUGGAAGAUUUUGACAAGAAGGAGCACGACAAUCCUGAUAACAAAAACCCGCCGCAUGAAGAAAAGUUCCAACCAGAUAUCGAACCCAAAAGGGGUAAUGGAAAAGCAAUCAAAUAUCAUAAAAAAUCAGCCGAAAUUGAACAUGAUACGG